AGGAAGUUUAAUUUACUGCUGUUUCAAAUUAUCAGCAGAUGCUUCAGAAUAGAAUCCAAAGAUCCAUUAAUGUGACAUUUUAACAAUCUGCAUUCAUUAAAGAUUGUACACAGGUUAUACAUUUUAGUCCUUUUUGCAUCUUUACAGUUUCCCCAAAAGAGUGAGCUCAUUUUAAGAAAGAGAUGAAGACAUCACAGAAAAUCAUUUGUAUCAUAUUGUUUUUACAAGGUGUUCGGUGUAGAGAUUGGAGCAUCAGUCUGCCAGAGAAGAUUGAAGCUUUGAAUGGAUCCUGUUUGACCAUAAACUGCACAUUUGAUAUUAAAAACUCUUUUGACCGUGAUCUUGAUGACACUGCUGUAGGAAUAUGGUUUAAAAAUAACCCUUACUCGUCUGAACAAAUAGUGCUUAACUCCAGUAUCAGUAACAACCUUGGCAAAAUAACUGGACAUUUAAAAGACAAGAACUGUACCACUGACUUUUAUAACUUUAGUUCAAAUGACGAUGCAAAAUUAUUCUUCAGGAUUGAAGGAAAAGAUGGGCUGAAAUAUACCUAUGCAACAAAAUAUGUUCCAAUACAUGUGAUUGAUUCUCCCUCCAACCCGACGGUAAAGAUGUUUAUGGGGCAGAUGGAGGUUAAGGAGGUGUUAGAGGGGAACGCGGUGAGACUGAGCUGCUCUGCUAUCACUCUCUGCUCCUCUUCUCCACCAACUCUCACAUGGAGAUCCACUGACAGACUCCCCAUAAAUGACCGCAGACUACAGCAACAACAGAAUCAAACUGAGAUCAUCUCUGAUCUGAACUUCACUGCUUCUCAUCUUCAACAUGGAGCCACUUUCAUCUGCAAUAUAACCUACCAGCUACAGAACAGGAACGCAACAGCACAGAGCAACAUCACGUUACGUGUUCUGUAUGCUCCUAAAAACACAUCAGUAUCUGUGUUUCCAUCUGACUCUGUACUGGAGGGCACUUCAGUAACUUUGACCUGCAGAAGUGAUGCAAAUCCAGCAGUGCUGAACUACACCUGGUUCAGAGAGAACAGAGGACGGCUGGAGCAGCUACAGACUGGACAGAAUCUAACCUUCAAUGUGACUGAUCGAACACACACAUACUACUACUGUCGAGCGGGAAAUCAACAUGGUACACAAAACACAUCAGUGUUACUGGACAUCCAAUAUGCUCCAAAAAACACAUCAGUAUUUGUGUUUCCAUCUAACUCUGUACUGGAGGGCACUUCAGUAACUUUGACCUGCAGAAGUGAUGCAAAUCCAGCAGUGCUGAACUACACCUGGUUCAGAGAGAACAGAGGACGGCUGGAGCAGCUACAGACUGGACAGAAUCUAACCUUCAAUGUGACUGAUCGAACACACACAUACUACUGUCGAGCGGGAAAUCAACAUGGUUCACAAAACACAUCAGUGUUACUGGACAUCCAAUAUGCUCCAAAAAACACAUCAGUAUCUGUGUUUCCAUCUCACUCUGUACUGGAGGGCACUUCAGUAACUUUGACCUGCAGAAGUGAUGCAAAUCCAGCAGUGCUGCACUACACCUGGAUCAGAGAGAAUGGAGGACGGCUGGAGCAGCUACAGACUGGACAGAAUCUAACCUUCAAUGUGACUGAUCGAACACACACAUCCUACUACUGCCAAGCGGGAAAUCAACAUGGUUCACAAAACACAUCAGUGUUGCUGGACAUUCAGUAUGCACCCAAAAUCUCUCUCUCCUCCUCCUGCUGUAACAGAGCAGAUGUAAUGGCGUGUUCAUGUGAGGUUCAUGGGAAUCCCUCUCCUAAAGUGGAGUGGCAUCUAUCUGGACGUCCUGUCACUAACUCUACAAACACAUCCAUCAGUGAGGAAAAAUUGAACAGCACACACAUGAGGAGCAUCAUCACUCUACAUCACUCACUCACAGACCCUCCAGAGUGUGUUGGUACCAACGAGUAUGGGAACACCAGUAAACGGAUUAAUCUGGUUUGUUCUCAGAUGACAAGUUUCAACUUUUCCUUUGUGCUAGUUGGAGUUGCUUUUGGUGUUUCAAUGAUAGUGAUCCUGUGUGCCAUUGCAAGUAUCUGUAAACGAAGAGGAAGAGCUUUUCAGAAUAGAAAACCCUCCCAGAACAGACCAGAAGGAAAUACAAGAAGCAUUUCGACAAAUGAGAAUGAGGGAGAGUUUGUUUAUGUCAAUAGAGAAUUUCUGUCAUCUUCUGAACCGGAUACACCAAAUCAUCAAGAAAAUCUUCAUUAUGCCUCCAUCACCUUCACAAAACACAAAACAGAUCCAGGAGAGAGCAGACAUGUCUCUUCACUUGAUACUGUAUACUCUGUUGUUAAACAUUCUUCUGCAGAUGUGGUUACUAAUCAAGUAAAGUCAAAGAACUCUGAUGAAGUUGAUGAACUUACAGACUCAGAUUCUCAGUUAUAUGCACAAGUUAAACAUCCAAACCCAAGGAGUUCUGAAGACUAAGACUUGUGUUCACCAAAAACACGGUCACAUUGCAAAGUGUAUAUGCGUAAGAAGCAGUUGGAGUACAUCUUCUGCAGAGCAUAGAACUCAUUCAUUGGGUUGAAACAAAAAACUUUUUAGCAACCACCUAGAAAACCGUAGUUAGCAUUACAGAAAUACAAUACAACUUUAGGAUCAGCAAAUACUGUAAAGUUUGCAGGCCAACUCAAAUGUAAAGUUUGCUUGAACUAAAGGGCUGGAAUUCUGCAUAGUCCACAUUAAUCAUCACGUUCUUUGAUUCUUUUUGAUAUUUUUACUGUAUUACUAUUCAUUUUUGACAUGUUUAUAAUGUAAUUUGCAUCUGUCUGUUUGUUAACAAUGUUUCAGUAUGAUAAUGAAUUUAUUAUUAUUAAACAUUUAUUAAAUAUUUUAAUCUUUUUUGUAACAUGAUAAAUUUAUAAAUUAUAGCUUCAUGCAUUGCUUUGACCACCUGAUUAUGUAUAUGUUAAUGCUUUCUUCUUGCUUAUAUUUGCACAAAUAAAAUGCUUAAAUGUA